AUGGCCAUGGCCAAAGAGAGAGACCAUCACCACCCAAACAAAGACAAGAAGCUACUCAUCAGCCUCAUAUGUAACUUCUCCACCGAGCUCAAACUCAUCUUCAUCGCCUUACUCGUCAUCUUCACUUUAGCCACUCUCUUACCUCUCAUACCUUCUUCCUCCUUCUCCCUCUCCUCCUCAGACUUCCGCUUCUGCAUCUCACGCUUCUCCCCCGCCCUCCCCGUUAACAUCACAUCCACCUCCGUUACGGAAAACACAACAGAACACACAGUUCUAAAAAACGGCGUUAUCAAACGGACGUUUAACGGUCACGGCUCAGCAGCUUACAACUUCGUGACAAUGAGCGCAUACAGAGGCGGCGUCAACUCAUUCGCCGUCAUCGGCCUAUCGUCAAAACCCCUCCACGUGUACGGCCACCCUACUUACCUCUGCGAGUGGGUCCCACACUCCCCGACUCAAAACCCCGUCUCCACCCCCGGUUUAAAAAUCCUAACUGACUGGGGAUACGGACGGAUCUACACAACCGUCGUUAUAAACUGCACUUUCCCCUCACUCGUUACCGUUAGUGGAAACCUAAUCCUCCACGCAACCACCGGAGAUCCCUCCCUAAACCUAACAAACUCAAUCCCAGUCCUAAGCGAACCUCAAAACUCCGUCGACUUCUCCCUCUACACCUCCACAAAGAAGCAAUACGAUUAUCUCUACUGCGGCUCGUCUCUCUACGGGGACCUAUCCCCGCAGAGAGUCAGGGAAUGGCUCGCGUACCACGCGAGAUUCUUCGGGGAGCGUUCGCAUUUCGUGCUGCACGACGCCGGGGGGAUUCAUGGAGAUGUGUUCGAGGUUUUAAGGCCUUGGGUUGAGAUGGGGAGAGUGACGGUUCAUGAUAUUAGGGAUCAGGAGCGGUUUGACGGUUAUUAUCAUAAUCAGUUUAUGGUUGUGAAUGAUUGUUUGCAUAGGUAUAGGUUUAUGGCCAAGUGGAUUUUCUUCUUUGAUGUUGAUGAGUUUAUGUAUGUUCCGGAGGGGGAGGGGACGGUUAAGGAGGUUAUGGAAUCUUUGGAGGGUUAUUCUCAGUUUACUAUUGAGCAGAUGCCGAUGAGUAGUCGGAUUUGUUACUCUGGUGAUGGUCCGGCGAGAACUUACAGGAAAUGGGGAUUUGAGAAAAUGGCAUAUAGAGAUGUCAAGAAGGUUCCAAGAAGAGACCGGAAGUACGCGGUCCAGCCGCAAAAUGUAUUUGCAACGGGAGUCCACAUGUCUCAGAAUCUACAAGGGAAAACAUACCACAAGGCCGAGAGCAAAGUUCGUUAUUUCCAUUACCACGGUUCCAUCUCUCAGCGGCGUGAGCCUUGCCGUCACCUUUUCAAUGACUCUAGAGUUGUUUUUGAGAAUAAUCCUUAUGUGCUCGAUACUACGAUCCGCGACGUUGGCCUUGCUGUGAAGACUUUCGAGAUGAGAACAAUCGGUGACCGGUUGAUUAGGACACGCCAAUGAAAAUUAUUUUUAGGAAUGAGUAGUGAAUGUAUUCAUGUUUAUUAGAAAAGAAGGGACUAGAGGUUAUGAAGAUGGGGCAGAUUUUUACUUGAUAGUUGUUUCUUUCGGGGUAUAUUCUUUUAUUGUAUCAUAACAUCUGCAUGCGUUUAUAAAUUCUUGGUAUAUAUAUAUCACUUUUAAGAAUAAAAUUCUAAGUCAGUUU